AUGAAAAGAGAAAUUAUCACCAGAAGUAACGAAGCACUUGCAGUUGGAACACAGUAUUCUGCUGUCUAUAAGUCGUCGUUGUUCCAUCUAGUUUUUUAUAAAGGUCAACAGCAUUAUUUUUGGGACUUCCCUAAGGCCGACCUUACCAGUAGUCAUUUACCAAGCAAAAUGGUAAAUGACAAUCGACUAAUAAUGAUCGACAUUGAAAGUUCAACAGAAAGACAAAAUAAAAGUCAAUAUUAUCAAUGUUAUCUCGUCGUAAUCGGUACCUUGGGAAAGUUGGAAUUUGUGGAAAGUAAACGGCGAAAGGUUAUGACUUCCACAGCAUUGGAUAAGAGAAGUCAAAGAGGAAACUUUGUGCGACAGCACAAAGGACCCCACAGGAGUUCAAUUUGUUAA